AUGAAGAGCAGCGCGUGUGGCGGUGGCAUCCAAGUACGCAGCGCGUGCUCGAAAGCACUCUGGGUCCACGACCAAGCGCGGCCGCACUGCAACAGCUGCAACACCAAGUUUACGUUUCUGCGGCGGCGCCACCACUGCCGCGUCUGCGGCGAAGUCGUGUGUUCCAAGUGCUCGCGCACCGUGUACCUUGUCAACACGAGCUCCAACGUCGGCUUGGCGUGCAUCGAAUGCGCCAUCCCGCUGGCCUCGCCGCGCGCCACCAACGACUUCGACGAGCCGCACAGCUGGGGCACGCGCCCGACCUGCCCGACGUUCUUGAGCACGCUCGAGCGUCAGUCGCUGGGGCAGCUGCCGCCCGAAACGCCCGAGUGCGCGCUCUGCAUUCGAGAGCUGCAAGGUCCUCGGCGGGUGCUGCAACUCCCGUGUCACCAUGCCUUCCACGACGCCUGCCUCUUGCCGUGGCUCAAGACCCACGACGCGUGCCCAAGCUGCAGCUGCCAGCUCCCGCGCGAUACGACGGCAACCGCCGCAAGCCUCUUUACGUAG